ACUCUACAUUACAUUGAAGAUCGAGGCUCUAUACAUUUAUAUUCCACUUGAUGAACUACAACGUUGAUACAGCAAUGCUUCCACGAUACAAUUUCUUAAGAAACUGUCUGUCUUGCUGGUCUCCUAUGCCAUCUGUUGCCAGAGUACCUGCUAUGUGGUGGAACAAUGGUUACAGGUUUCCAAUGGUUACCUGUUCCCGGAUGUGUGGAUUACGAUGGAUACAAGCCAUUCAGAAACAAUACUGUAGCUCCAACUCUAAUCCAGGGACCAAAGUGGAGGAAAAUCCAUAUUAUGAUAAAUACAAAGCAAAACUACAGAAUCUAAAACAGUCAGAUCCAGAGAGAUAUGCUGCCAAAUUAAAGGAACUAGAAGAAAAAGAAAGAGAAAAAUUAGAACAGAUGAAAAAAGACUUAUCAACGCCACCAGACAUCAACAAAGAAUCAUUGAAUAAAGAUGACCAAAAGUUUAGUGGUUCAUGGCCUCCUAAGAGUCUAAAUGAGAUUAUGAAGGUGGAUUUAAUUAAGGACAAAUCAGCAACAGAAAUUGAACAGAUUUGGAAAGAGCAUCAUGUGACAAAGGACUGUGUAUUUGGUGUGAUAGAGGGAGGAAAUUUUGAUGAUGUAAAACAGAAAGCUCAACUUUGUCCACUGUUUAUCUACCCCUUACCAAGGAAUGAUGGUUACGAGUUUAUCCUGUCACAGUUUGAUGGCAAUGUGAUCUACUUCACCCCUCUAGCAGUGUAUCAGUCAUUCAAAGAGAAUGCUCCUCCGUGUCUAACUGUGGCACACUUCACAGAAUUCAAAGAUGAUAAAGGAAUUGUUUUAAUGGCAGGACAGUAUGAUGACAAGAUUU